AUGGAGAGCGCGCCGGGGGAAUCGUGGGGGGUGAAAUUCGACCCGAGCCCGGGAUCGACGCUGCUCGCGAUCGGUGGAGGAACGUCGCAGAGCGUGCGCGUGCACGACGCGCGCGAUGGGGAGAGGAAACAGACGCUGGAGCUGCCGGCGACGACGGCGGAGACGCCGAAAAACGGACGCUUCGCGCAGAGCGUGGCGUAUUCGCCGGAUGGGAAACGCAUCGCGUGCGGGGCGAUGGACGGUACCGUGGCGGUGUUCGACGUGAAAACGGGCAAGUGCGCGCACACGCUCGCCGGACACGUCGCGCCCGUGCGCGACGUCACGUUUUCUCCGGACGGGAAGACGUUGUACACGGCGAGCGACGACGGGUACGCGCACGUCUACGACGCCCAUAAUAAAUCAUUGAUCGAGUCCCUGAGCGGGCACAAGAGCUGGGUGCUGUCUCUCACCGCCUCUCCCGACGGCACCGCCCUCGUCACCGGCUCCUCCGACGCCACGAUCAAGCUUUGGGAUUUAAAAACGCGCUCGUGCGCGCAAACCAUGACGGAUCACUCCGACGCCGUGUGGUGCGUUCGAUUUUCCCCCGACGGCGCCGCGCUCGCCGCCGCCUCCGCCGAUCGCUCGGUCUCGCUGUUCAAUUUCGCGUGA